CAGUCAGUUGAACAUGGUGCCUCGGCGCUCCCCCUCACUUUUCGUUUGGCAGUUGAGAUUGUUACCCGUAGCAACGAAGGCAACAACCAUCCCAACAACGACUCUUCCAUUUUGUUGAGGCUUGUUGUUGUUGUUUGUUUGCUGCUCAAUCAAGCGAUCGAGUUGGCAGUCUCUCCCAUCCUCUCUCUAUUAUCCGCUCUCCCCAGUUGUAGCUAGCUAGAUAUUGAUUUGGGUAUAUACCCAACCAACCCCAUUAUCUGGACUACGGACACUACCCUCACAAGACCCAAGCGGUAGCUCCCUGUACAGUUUGUUAGUCAGUCAAUAAGUCACCAUGAGUUACUACGCCGCAAACGACGGCGGAGAGGACAAUCUCUAUCAAGAAGAUGCUGUGGAGCGUCGCCGGAGUCCUCGCGAUACUACCAGUAGUCCUCGCAGCAGUCGUCGCUCUAAAGAUAAGCCUCGCAGCAAACGCAGCAUCAAGACGGACGUGGAAGAGUACCAGGAAAACAAUGCCGUGGGUAACUAUGCCGAUCCCGACGAAGACGAGGAAGAACGACGGAAAAGUCGACGGUCGACGUCGUCACGUCGCAGCAAAAGCCGUAGCAAGAGUCGCACAGGAGCAGCAGACGAAGACGCCACUGCCAACUCGAGCAAGAAAAAGCUGCGUGCCGUGGACAGUGGCGAAAAAAUGGAAGGAUUGGGACUCUUUGGAAGACCCAAACGCAAAUCCUCCAAACGGAAAAACAAAUCACGUCAAGAGCGACUCUAUGAUGACCUCUAUGGAGCGACCAAUUAUCAGGAAGUCGAUGAUGGCAUUGUGGGAUGUGCCGAUGACCUAUGUGUCAACAAGGCAGACGUUUUUGAGAAUGAUGAGGAAGGACAAAAAAAACAGCAGCAAUCGUCAUCACAACAAGACCAAAACACCAAACAAUCUUCCUUCUUUGGUGGGGGGCCUAAUACGGGCGCACAAAACAAAAAUGUAGAUGAAUCAGAAGAAGUCUACAUUGUCAAACAACGGUUUGGAUACUUUAGUAUCAUCUUUGGUGUUGUCCAAGUCAUUGUCCUCGCACUCAUGAUGUGGCAGUGUGGUAUUGCUCCCAUGAAUAUCAACCCCAUGUUUGGACCCUACCCCGACGCUCUCUCUGAAUGGGGUGGCAAGAAUUCCAUUCUCAUUGUAGAAGACGGCGAAUGGUGGAGAUUAUUCACACCCAUUCUGUUGCAUGCCGGGCUCAUUCACUUGUUCUGUAAUGUGGCUGUUCAACUCGAGUUGGGAGUCUUUUUUGAACGUGAGUGGGGGAGCUUGACGUGGCUCAUCAUUUACCUCACCAGUGCCCUGGGGAGUUCCGUGCUCAGUGUCAUUACCAUGCCCGAUGCCGUCAGUGUCGGAAGCAGCGGAGCCGUCAUGGGGCUCUUUGGGGGAAAGAUUGCCGAAGUCGCCUGUCGGUGUUGUGAAAAGAGUGACACGGCACAGGAACGGGUGGCACAUCAAGUACGAAAGGAACAGUGCAUGGGAGUCACGUGCAGUGUCCUGGUCGUCUUGGCCUUUUCCUUUAUCCCUUACGUCGACUGGGCAGCUCACUUGGGAGGCUUGAUGGCUGGCCUCUUUGUCGGAUUCAUGUGCUUUAGUAUCCACAUGGAAAGCUACUGCCUCAGACUCGUCUGGUUCCUGGUGGGCAUGGGACUCACGCUGGGAUUCUUCAUCCCCUGCAUUGACAUUAUGUACUCGGGCAACGUACCCAUCAAUGAAGAGCUGAGAGAUGUCUGCGGAUACUACACGCAAAACUUCCAGGACUAUGAAUGCAACUGCAUGCGAGAAGAGUACAUGGAAAACUUGAAAAAUGGCAACUUUUGGAACAACGACGAUGGCGGUGGAGGAGAGAGAAUGCUGAUGCAAGUUUCAUAAGAGACAUAUCACACGGCUACUAGUGGCGCUUAGCUAGAGCGACUUCAACUACUAAACCGACACACAACAACCAACAACCCAAACCACGUACAGUACGGUGCACUCCCCUGCACCCCGACCUCUUUCAUUUUGAUACAUGCAUAUUUAUAAACUGGUAGAUGUGACUUUUACUUUCC